AAACAUGGAAAUGGAGCCAGAGUUUGGACCAACACCGUUUAUGAACGUGGGUUUACACAGAGACCUGUGUAAACCCACGUUCUCCACACAAUGAGUGGAAGUGGGAGUUCAAAGACGGAGCUUUCCUGCUGCUACAGCUGCCUUCAGGGGGUGUGAGUGCUGCCUCCCAUUCAAAUUUCUGAGGGGAGAUUCCUUUCCUUUGCUCCAGGAGUGAAAGAGAGCAGCGUGACUUGGAGGCACAGAGGGAGUUUGAGCUGCUGAAGGAAGCGUUAGCAGGAAGCAGAAAAUGGGCCCGGCUGCCGCCUCACUCGCUGCUUUGUGUUUGUGCCACCUGGUUGUGUGUGUUCCUACAGGGACGAGCAACGCCGCAUCAACCCAGACAUCCGGGUUGGAGCUGAAGAAGCCAAGAGGGGAUGUUCCUGAUAUUCUUCCAGAACCCGACUGUGAGCCAACCAGCCCAACAUCCGACUUUGAAAACUCCUACAACUACAUCUUGUCCAGACUAGCAGGCAUAGAAGAGGCCAUCCAUAAACUCAACGUUGGCCACUACACUCUGGAUGUCAAGGUCAGCCAGCUGAUGGACCACAUGUACCGGAUGGACGGUAAAGUCGGAGAUCUGGAAGACAGCAUCCGGGACGUCCACCAGCACAGCAAAGUCAAUCGCAAGGAGAUCGGACGACUGGAAGGUUGCCUCAAAGGCCGCAGGAUGGGCUACAAGUGCUACCUGGUGUUCAACCGAGUGGAAGAUUACGCAGGAGCAUCCCGCAAGUGCGUGGAACGCGGAGGACGCAUGGCGAUGCCUCGAGACCGCAAGGAGCAGGAGGCCCUCGCCGACUACGUCAAGACCUUCUUCCACUCCAAGAACCUCCCCGUGUGGUUGGGCAUCAACGACCUGCGCUCCGAGGGCGUGUACCUCUUUGACGACGGGACCGCCGUCUCGUAUUUCCAGUGGCGUAAACACUUCCUGUCCACUCAGCCGGACGGAGGGCGGCGGGAGAACUGUGUGGCCAUGUCGUCAGACGACGGCGACUGGUGGGACAACUAUUGCGACCGGACCAUGAACUUUGUGUGCGAGUUUGAUGACAGAGUGGAUUUUUAACUUGAUUCAAAACUGCAUUUUUUUUUUUAAUAUCACCAUUUUUCUUUCCAACUGUUGAGAAUUAAAAAAUACAUUUUAUUUAAUAACAA